AACAGGAUCUUGCAAAGUUGUUUCUGGUGAUUAAGAACACUCGUAUUGAAACUGUGCAUCCGCUAGAGCAGGUGAGAGACGGCUUCUGGUUUGCGACAGGUGGGCAAAUGUCGCAGAGGAGAUAUUUUGAUCUGUGGGAAAGGAAAAGACCUGACCGCUUCUCUUCUAUUCCACUGCCUAUCUUUCCAUUUUGACACUUGCAGGUACUAUGAUUGUCGGAGCCCCACCCCCAGCGCUCCAGCAGCAGCAGAUCCCACAGGAUCAGCAACCGGGGCAGCAACACCAGCAACAUCUUGCUCCACCCCCCGCGGUACAGACACAAGGAGAUCCGACCGCUGUGUUUGUCAAUCACCAAACGUACAACCAGCAGGCGGUCCAUCACCAGGCACACACCAUGAACGCCCAGGCACAAGCGCAACACCAGCUCCGCCAGCACAUGCAGCAAGCGGCGUCGGCGGCCUCUGCGGUGCCCCCGCAAGGGGUACCCGCUGCCCAGGCGCCAAACAACGGUCCCGUACCGGCACCGGGGCCCACGGCUGGUGUCCCGGGGCAAGCGCAAAGCAAUCCAACGCAGAUGGCGUGGCACCAGGCYGCUGCGUCUCACAUGGAGCAAAUGGCAAUGGCAUACGCGAUGUCCGCCGGAAUGCCCGCGACGCAAGAAUCCUUGCACGCUGCCGCGGCACACUCGCAAGCGGCCCUGCAGCAGGCGGCGGCGGCGGUACAACAGCACCAAAAGGCGGUGGGCCAGACCUCGCAGCCAGCAACGACGCAGCGAGCCCAGAUGGGAGCUGUUCCUGCCCAACCACAGCAACCGACGCACCAGCAACAGCACUUUCAAAGCGUUCAGCAACACAUGGUGGCACCCGCUCCUAGACCAACCUUUGUCAAUGCGAAACAAUACCGAAGAAUCUUGAAACGCCGGGAGGCACGGGCCAAGAUGGACGAGUACCUCAGCAAGAAGAGAGAACUCAUUCGAAAACAACGACAGGAAAGCGAUGCCAGCGGCGGRAAGAAACCUUACAUGCACGAGUCUAGGCAUCGGCACGCGAUGAAACGACCCAGGGGGCCGGGGGGACGUUUCCUUACGAAGGUGAGUAGACUGCGUUCGUCUUUUGGGAAAGGAAACCGAGGUGUAGCUUUGUGCUGUUGAUUUCGAACUUUAAUGCGUAGCGGUGUGGCACAACAAUCCACUUGUUACUCCGAAAUAUCUCAAUCAAUCCGUUUUUUUUUUCAUAAACGAUGUUCAGGAUGAGCUGGUAGCUUACUAUAGAGACCAUCCGGACGAAGAUCCAAAUCGACAACAAGAAAAGAAGGCGAAAACGGAGGAAACCAAUCAGUGAUGGCGAGUCUCAGAGAAAAAUAUUUCCACUCGCGCAUAUAGUCAGCCAUUUUCGCCUACCUAGAUAGCUAUAUAGCGAGGGGYUAUCGUUCUCCAUCGCAGCUACGACUAGGAUGCUAGCUAUCAACAGCAACACAGCCACAUAAAUUUUGAAAAUGGGACGAAGCCAGGAAAAAUAGACUGUAACAGUUACA